CCUUUGAGACCCAGCUUCGAGCCCUGCUGCCACCGAUCCCGAAAGACAGUUAUCCUUGAGAGGAGAAGCCAGAGAAGAUGGUGCUGACUGCRGAAGACCGCAAAGUGCUGACCGCCACCUGGGGCAAGGUGUCCGGGCACCUGGACGAAAUUGGCGGGGAAGCCCUCAACAGGAUGUUCAUGUGUUACCCAUCAACCAAGACCUACUUCCCGCACUUUGACCUGAGCCCGGGCUCCAAGGACAUCCAAAUGCACGGCCAGAAGGUGGCCAAAGCCCUGGACAUGGCACUCCACCACCUGGACAACGUCCGCGGCACCCUGUCCGACCUCAGCGACCUCCACGCCUACAACCUGCGUGUGGACCCUGUCAACUUCAAGCUGCUGAUCAAGUGCUUCCACGUGGUUCUGGCCACUCACCUGCGCGGAGAGUACACCUGCUUGGUCUAUCGGGCUUGUGACAAGUUCUUCUUCCUGAUGGCCGAGAUCCUGGGUGAGAAGUACAGAUGAGCAGCCCAAGGAGGACGAAGACACCCCCCUCUCUCUUCUUCAGAGACUCCUCUUCUCUUCAACUAGCAUUUCCCCUCCCCAGCAUCCGCAAUAAAAAGAAGGCAUUUGCUGCCACAUGCCUAAA